CCCCCCCUCGAUGAAACAGAGGAUCACGCCGAACAUUUUUAUUACAAUGGCGGAGACCAUCAUGUAGCCACAUUCCCUGAGAAAAGUUCUAGGGUAAAGGGCGUCCGUGGUCCCUGCAGCAAGACCAGCAAUUGCCCUACCGGAAGGUCAGCCACGCAGUACUACCUUCACACAGACAUGCACAUAGGGUCAGAGUCUGAUCGGGCGCCUCAUCAAGCACGUACCCACCGAGUCGCAACCUGCAUCGUGCAUAUCCAGUCAGUGAGGCUAUCGCGGAAUGUAUAGACCCAUGGCACCUACCCAUCCGUCAGGACAUGGCCGCCGUUCAGGCGAGCAAGUCAUCUCACAGCCCCCCCAGGGUUGUGGUGAUGGGAUAGCACCGGCAGCGACGCCGAACACCAAGAAUACGUGAAGGGGCUUCAUUGUGGACACGAGGCGCAAGAUGUAUUAGGUAGACGACCACCAGGUUUUUGCUGACUUUGAAAGGUGAGACGAUAGGAUAGUAGUGACAAUAUUCUUGGAAAGUUACGAGGUGCGCCUGUUCUUAUAGACGGCCACGGAGAUAUGGAAGCAGUCUAUUCCCCCAGGUACUUCUGCAAUCCUCCACCGGUAUGGCCAGGUGUUACGAAACCCCGCGCCAAGAGCAUUUUCACUUUGGUCAAUAAGAACGUGCUGGAUGGGGUAAGCGUUACUCCAUUGCGACGCUUCAUGGUCACAAGAAGACUCUCCGGGCCAGCGGUCAUCCGGCUCGCCUCCGCAUUUCGCUUGGAUUAAGAAACUUAAAGUUUCUGUACGCCGCCGAGAAGCUGGCCCGAUGCCACGAGUAUAGCGGCAUAAAUGGUCGCGACGCCCACCAGGUGUCUCCCUGAGUGGGUUGCUCGGCGUUACACAAAAUUCAUAUUCAUGCCGUGUCGAACCACAUUCUGUCGGCCCAAAGUUCUGUCGGUAUGAUGCUGCGCCAUCGGAGGACCGGAAACGGAUAUGAGACUCGGUGUACGAUUCAUGCGUGGUUGUCGCGGUACCCUUCCACGACUAUCCAGACCUUAUUCAGGGCCUCACAAGAUCUUGGCGUUGACAGAAAUCGUCCCAUACGUGGAAAGCCCCUCUCGUUGAGAUUCAUAAUGUUGCGCGAGCCUCGCUUCAACUGAGCGUGCGCACGUGAACGGCAUGGGGGCAAUUCGUGGACGUGGGCUGGUUUUCAUCGUUAGCCACGUCGAAGUAACGUUAGAAUAGCAGAAAGUAACUUGGUACAUGUGGCCAUACCUCCAUUUGUGCUGACAUGCCAGCGUCGGAUUGUGAUGCGAAUAUCUCCUCGAGUCGAUACGGAAGCCGCCUGUCAGCCGUGGAAGCGCCUGAGUCCAUAAUGCCAUGGGUAAGGUUCCAAGUCUGUGCACGUGAGAAGCUUGCCAUUGCCGACGAUGCUGCUCAGGUCAAUUUUGACAUGUCAGAGCGACAGGUCAUCAACGGUCUGCAGGAUGUUGAUGGAAGCAUCUGUGUUUCGAAAAGAAAAAAUCGUAGCGAUGGAGCUUACAGUGGUGGCCGAACCGUGCUCGUGGAUAAUGUGCUUCGUGGGUCCAGUAAGCGCUGA